UCAUAGUUCACGAACUCGUCUUGAAAUCGAAUCACCACAAUGUGUUUUUCUCUGGGAUUCUCAACCAAAACUACUUGACUACUUGUGUUGCAUAAACGAGCGUAACAAACUUGGAUCCUUCACUAUGCAAAUGCCUUGCCGAAUGUCCGCGAUCAUUAUUGCCAUUAAUAUGGCCAUAAUGUUGCCUAUUGUACUAUUGGGCGCGGACAAACUGAGCAAUUCACAAUACGGAAUAGCUUUUGUUGAGCACGUGUACCGAAGUCUGACAGACCUCGACCUGCUUGAGUGCGCAAUACGUUGUAGACGAGAAGAAUGCUGUCGAAGCUUGAAUUUCAACCACGAGAGCAUGCUAUGUGAGCUGAAUUACCUCACCAAGGCCAUUCUUCCCAACCGAGAGAAACUAAGAAAAGCAUCACUCUAUCUGGACCUGCUUAAAAGCCCUAAAGUUGAAGAUUUUUGCACUUUUGACUCUUCUAUCGACGACUGUGGGUAUAGUCAUGACCGCACAGGUGAUUUCGCCUGGGGUAUACUGAGAGGAAAGACGUCAACAAAAAGCACCGGCCCAGAUGCGGACCACACAUCCACGAAAGGAUUAUACAUUUAUAUAGAGGCAUCAACACCGCGUGUCAUAGGCGAUCGUGCCAUCCUCCGUAGCAAGAUGUACCCAGCCUCCCCACGUCCAAGAUGUGUCCGGUUCUUCUGGCACAUGUACGGGUUCGCCAUGGGGAGUGUUCAGAUCACCUACAAGCCCAGGAACUCCACAGAGGAAACAGUUAUCUGGGAACGAUCUGGAAACCACCGGAAUGCCUGGUUUCCUGGGAAAGCUGAGGUACCACCGCUACCAACAGACUAUCAGGUUUCGUUUAUCGCCAUACGUGGGAAUAACGCGGCUGGCGACUCAGCGAUCGACGAUGUAUUUAUCACGGAUGGAAAUUGUUGCUAAAACGAACAAUGUCCUUAGAGCAGAAUGAUAUAACUAGAAAGACUACAGACAAGCUGUAGAAAAACUAGAUGGUCUGUGUAGGUGUGGUAUAGACAAGGUAUAAAUCAACACAAGGUUGAAAAAGUAUGUUGAACACCUCUGUAAAGUUGUUGCUCGGACCUUUCAAGCGUAAGCCGCCUUCGUUGGAGCAAAAAAAGGCGUUCAACAUUUUUCAACCUUGAUUUAUCAGACGUUCGUUUCACUUAUUCUAGAGGAGUGAACUGCUCUUGAACUGCUCUUGUUACCGUCAUGAGUGAACCGGCUAAAUAUGAACAGAAGGGCUUAAUAUGCAUACAAGGCGCUCACCCGCCUUCCGUCUUUGUCGCACUGGUUCAUACACAAAAUUAUUUUGCAGCGGCGUAGCCAGGAUUCUUAACAGGAGGGGGCCGAAAAGGCAUUUUCAAGGCAUUUUUUCUCCUGUAUCUUAGAUGUCUCAUACAUUUACUUUAUUUAUUGGCUGCUAGAAGUGGAGGGGGGCCUGGGCCACCCCCUGGCUACGCCCCUGUUCCCGUUCCUGUUUAUCUGCUUCUGCAAUGGUGUGAACAGGUUCCGGAGUAUCAAGGGUGUCACAGUUUUCAUUAGAAUAAUAAGUAUUAGUGUAUAAUAUAUAGAUUUAGGCACUGCUUAAAAGCGGAGCCAGCGUACAAUCUAUUUAAGCCGUAUUAUAAUAAUCAAUCAAUCUUUUAUUGAAUAUUUUAAAUGUAAAUACAAUAAGGGAAAAGCAGAAGCCAGAGGCUUAUCAAGCUUAAUACAUAUAUGUACAAUUGCAUAUUGUAUAUAUGCAAUGUGUGAGUGAAGCCGUUCCGAAGAGUUCGUGAUGCACAGGUGAAGAGUGGGAUAUGUAUGUAGGUAUAUUUUUUGUUGUUGUUUAACCAGGAAAAACUUGUUUGGAUGUAUUUGGAGGUAUCAUCGAUUACGGAACAUUGAAGAAUUGAAAACGAAUUAUAGUUUUUUUUACAGCAAAA